AUGGCAUCCUCACCCUCCAAUCUCCGCUCCCUCUACCGGUCCAUCCUCCGAGAGCUCCCUCCCCGACCGAUCCUCGCCUCUCCCCGCUCCCCGCUACACACCCGCCUCCGCGACACUUUUGCUACUUCAUCGCCGACGUCGCAGGAGGCUAGAGCUCAUGCUGCUGCUCAAGCUGUAGCCUACCUCCGCUCGCAGCGACAAUAUGCCACUCUCCUGGAGCGAUACAACCCCGGCAUGGGCAUGGAUGAGGAGGAGCGUGUGCGAUUGACGGCCCGGAGGGUUGGCAUGGAUCUGCCUAUUGAGUACGCCAACAAAAAGUAA